ACAGGCACAAAUAAAAACACCUGCUUUCCGAACCUCUCUGGUGUGCAUCAUGGCGGCGCCGAUGGCGGUAAAUUCAGGGGCCAGCCUAUGGGGGCCACUCAAAGAGCUGUGGGAAACCGUAGACGGAGCCAUUCUGAGAAGACAAGCAGAGACCGUCCACCUUUUGGAUCUGCAGCUGAAGAAACACAAACCACACUUUCUCUCACUAUUUAAGAAUCCGCCAAAAAGUGCCGAGCAGAGAGAAAAAGUGCGCAAAGCCAGCACAGAAGGCAUCGCCAUCCAGGGUCAGCAGGGUUCUCGGCUGCUUCCAGAACAGCUUCUGACGGAGGCCUUCAUCCUCAGUGAUCUGUUUGACAUCGGGGAGCUGGCAGCUUUGGAGCUCCUCUUGGCGGGUGAGCAGCAGCAGCCUCACUUCCCGGGCCUGACGCGCGGCUUAGUGGCCGUGCUGCUCUACUGGGACGGGAAGCUUUGCGUGGCCAACUCUCUGCGCACGCUCAUCCAGUCACGUCAUGGCAAGACCUUCACUCUGGAUUUGAGUGGGGAGCUGGUGGCCUUGACGAGCCGUUUUACAGACGAGCUGAUGGGCCAGGGUCUGACCAAACGCAUCCUUACCCUGGUGUCGGAGAUAAGCGCCACGCGGGAGUUUGAGCGGCUGCAGAAGGAGCGCGGCUUGGGAAACGAAAAGCACAGAAAGGAGGUUUCUGACCUCAUCAAAGAAUGCCGACAGGCGCUGGCGGACAGCUUGUUUUCGUGGACCUGCCAGUCGCCGCUGACUAAAGACGACACGCUGGCGCUCAUCGGUCACCUGGAGACGGUGACGGCCCAGGCGGAUGGCUCUCUGGACAGCGUGAGCCUCGCUCUGGUCAUGGCUCUGCUCUACUGUCUGGACGUCAGCUUCAUAGAGCAAGGAACCGAAGACCGAGACGAUCUUCUCCAGGCUCUGCCUUUACUGACGGAGAGGCAGUAUGUCUCUGCGGUGCACAGCCGCCUGAUGGACGGCCAGCCAUGGAGGCUCCCAGGACUGCAGGCCGUCUGUCGGCUAGCCUGGGCUCUGGCUCUCCGAGUGCUUUCCCAGCUGCCGCAGGGAUCAGGCCUCGUUGAAUUCACCGAGGCGGACGAGGCUCUGGCCGAUCAGGCUCUGCUGGGAGACGUCUUCCUGUUCAUGAAGGAGGGCAUUCUGGGAUGCGACAGUUUCGCCCAAGAGGAGUUUUACGUGCGCCGCCUUCACUCGCUCAUCACAGACUUCCUCGCUCUCAUGCCGAUGAAGGUUAAGCAGCUUCGUAACCGCGCCGAUGAAGACGCCCGCUUGGUGCACAUGUCUCUACAGAUGGACAGCGAACUUCCAUCCUCACUGCGGAAGGACCUGGACCAUCUCAUGGUGCUGAUUGGAGAAUUUUACAGUAAAGAUCCGUUCGGAUUGGAGCUGGGUCUGGAGUUCUGGUGUCCCACAGAGUCUCUGCAGCACACCUCGCUGCAGGGGUCCUACCUGGGGAUGGCGCUGCAGCGGCCUCCUCAUAAACAGGUGGUCCUGUCCAAGUUUGUGCGUCAGAUGGGAGACCUGCUGCCCUCCACGCUCUACAUUCCCUAUCUCUGCAUGCUGAAAGGCCUCGCCAACGGGCCACAGUGUGCUCACUACUGCUUCAGUCUCCUAAAAACCAACGGAGCCACACACAGUGACAACAUCCAGGGCGCCUCAGGCAGUCCGGUGUCCUGGGAACAUUUCUUCCACUCGCUCAUGCUCUACCAUGAGAACCUGCGACGGGACCUGCCCAACCCGGACUCUGCACACUACCGCCACCCGCCGCUCAGAGGCAUCACCCAGAGAGAGCUGGAGGGACUGACGGCCUUUCUGCAGCUCCUCACCUCCAUCAUCACCUGGAGUGAAAACGCUCGCCUGGCGUUGUGUGAACACCCUCAGUGGACUCCGGUGGUGGUGAUGUUGGGACUGCUGCAGUGCAGCGUUCCUCCCGUGCUGAAGGCCGAGCUCCUUCACUCCCUGGCAGCUUUUGGGAAGUCCCCAGAAAUCGCAGCUUCUCUCUGGCAGUCUCUGGAAUACACACAGAUUCUUCAGACGGUUAGAGCCCCGGGACAGAGACAAGCGGCGGGGAUCGAGGUGGAGCUGAAUGAGAUCGAGUCGAGCUGCGAGGAGUAUCCUCUGACGCGGGCGUUCUGCCACCUGAUCAGCACCCUGGUGGAGAGCGGCGUGCCGGUGAAUCUGGGGGCGGGGCUACGAGUUCCCGGCUUCCAGCCCUACCUGAACUUCCUGCGCGACGCCGUCUUCCUCCCGUUCCCCACCAGGGCGUACCGCCGUCCCGCCGAGAAGUGGGAAGUCGCCGACUCCGUCCUGGAGGUUUUCCACAAGCUGCUGCGCGACUACGAGCCGCAGCCGUCCGACUUCAUCCAGGAGACGGUGGAGCUGCAGGGCGAGCAGCUGCCUGCUCACAAGCCUCCGGGUCACAGCCUCAUGUUUCACCUGCUGAACGACUCGCCCACGCUGGCGCUCUGCCUCAGCCUGCUGGAGGAGGGCGUCCGCCAGCUGGACACCUACGCUCCCUUCCCAGGUAAGAAGCACCUGGAGUCGGCGGUCCUGCACUGCCUGUGCCUCCUGGACCUGGCUCUGCAGAAGGAGGUGGUGUUCAUGGACCUGCUGAGGGAGAGCCAGGCCUCCCUUCUGGUGUCUCCUCUGGAGCAGCUCUUCCAGGGGGUGAGUCCCCAAACCAGACGAGCCGACCACAUCGUCAACAUCGGCAGGUAUCUGUACCACAGCAGCUCCAACCCAGAAGCCGCGUUUCAGAGUGCAAAGAUCCUGCGGCGCAUUUCCAACUACCCCAACAUCCAGACACGGCUGGUGGGAGAUUUCACGCACGACCAGGCCGUGAGCGAGAAGCUUAUGGCUGGAUUUGUGGAGUGUUUGGAUAACGAAGAGGCAGAAGAAGGAGCAGAAAGAGAAGACGAUGUCGAUCGACCAAAGAGGGUGGCGAGAAUCCGGCACGAAACCCAGAUCCACAUCCUGAAUCUGCUCAUCACCUCCUUGGAGCUGAAGGCGCCCAACCUGGCGCUCUACCUUCUGGGUUACGAGGUCAAGAAGCCCGUGUCGUCGACCAACCUGCAGGAUCCAGGUGUGCUGGGAUGUCCGCGCAGUUGCCUGCACGCCAUCCUGAGUCUGCUGCAGAGAGGCACCGAGAAAAGAUCCGGACCCGUUCUCACCCAGCAGGCCCCCCACCUGGCGGAGCUCUGUUACCAGGUGAUCUACCAGCUGUGCGCCUGCCCAGACACAUCAGGACCCACCAUGCGCUACCUGAGGACCAGCCAGGACUUCCUGUUCUCUCACCUGCAGCACCUGCCCUUCGUCCUGUCAGAGAACCAGAUCGCUGCUCUCUCCCAGAUGUCGUGGCUCAUGAAGACGGCUGCAAUCGAGCUGCGAGUGACUUCCCUGAACCGCCAGCGUUCACACACGCAGCGCCUCGUUAGCCUCCUGCUGGACGACCAGCCGCACCCUCAGCACGCAGCUGAUGGAGAGUCGGGCAUGGAAGAAGACACCAGAUCAGUCAGCGGUUUCCUGCAUUUUGAGACGGUCUCUAAAGUGCGCAGGAAGCUGCUGAGCGUGCUCGACGCCAUCGACUUCAGUCAGGACAUGCCGGAGCUGCUGCAGCUGGACUUCUUUGAGCGGACUCAGAUCGAGCAGGUGAUCUCCAACUGUGAGCACGUCAACGAGCAGGGACACACCGUGUGCAACGUCAAGUUGCUGCACAGAGUGCUGGUGGCUGAGGUGAAUGCUCUGCAAGGAAUGGCAGCGAUUGGACAGAGGCCUCUGUUGAUGGAAGAGGUGAACUCCAUCCUGCAGCAGGUGGUGGAACGAAACCGCGUCCGGCGCAGUCUGAGUGCAAAGCGGCACGCGCUGCAGUCCUGGAGGAGUCUGGUGGAGACGCUGCUGACCGCCUGUCCAGCUGAUCUCAUACCUGCCGACGACAGGCAGCUCAUCAUCAGAGACCUGCUGCUGGAUCUGUUUGAUAAGGUGUUAUCGGACGACGCAGCAGGAGAGUUGAUGCCCAUCGUUGCAGGAGCCGUCUUCACGCUGACGGCCCAGCUCAGCCAAUCGGUGCUGUCGGAGCAGCAGCAGGCGGCGGGACCAGAAGCAUCUUCAGGCUUCGCCUCCAUCGCUAACUCAGCGCUUCACCUCAUCCUCCGCAAGCUGCUGGAUUUCAUCCUUUGCACCGGAGGUGGAUACCAGCGGCUGCGCGCUCACCUGUAUGGAUCUCUGCUGUAUUACCUGCAAAUCGCCCAGAAACCUGAGGAAGCAGAGACGCUGCAGACAGCUGGAAAAGCCAUGUGGGAGCGGCUCACUGCUCCCGAAGAUGGAUUCUCCAAACUGCAGAGAGAGAACCUGGCCAUCAUCGAAAGCUACGGCAAAGCCCUCAUGGAGGUUGUGUGCAGGGAUGCCUGUGAUGGCCACGAAAUAAGCAGGAUGCUGGCUCUGGCGGUUCUGGACCGCAUCCUGUCGAUAGAUCGUCAGAACCAGUGGCUGCUCUACUUGUGCAACAGCGGCUACCUGCGUUCGCUGGUGGAGAGCCUGAGGCAGGACGACGCCGCCCUGCAGAGCCUGCUCGCUCCCCAGCCGCCCAUCCUCAAGCCGCUCUACAUCUAUGAAAGCAAGAUGGCGCUGCUGACCCGCGUGGCUAAAACGGGGCAGGGAGCCGUGGAGCUGCUGCGCUGUGGGCUGGUGGCCCAGCUGACCGAGUGCCAGGUGUUUGACAUGGUUCCUGACGCUGAUUCCCACAGGAUGAUGAGGGACCCAUCAGGCUUCAUCCCGAGUCCCAUCGACCGCUACAGGCAGAUUCUCUUACCAACCCUGAGGCUUCUCCAAGUGAUACUGACCUCCACGUCCAUGAACCACCAGCAGGGGGCAGCACAGGUUCUCCAGUGGCUGGUGGUCCAUGCAGACACUGUUCAGUCCCUGCUGCGCGGUCAGGAGCUCAGCAUGGGAGCCUUAAAGGAACUCUCUCUGCUCACAUCAAUCAUCAGUAAAACCGCUCUGCCUGGCGUACUUGAGAUGGGUGGAGAGAUCAACAGUGCCGCUCUCAUCGAGUUCCAGGGUCACAUCACUAGAUUUCAGCGCCUCUGUCUGUCGCUGCUGGGCCGCCUGGCAGGAAGCGAACGGGAGCGGCUGUUGAAGCAGGCGGAGAUUUCUUCACCUGGAGAGUCAGCCGAGCAACGAGAGGAGAUGGAAGUGGCCAUGAUGCAGGUGUGCACCAACAUCAUGGAGUACUGCCAGAGCCUCCUGCUGCAGAGCUCCUCCCAGGCUCAGUUCAGCAUCUGCCUCUUCAGCCCGUCAGCCAGCGAGCCGGCGGGCCGAGACGGAGGACGCUCAGAUCUUUCAUCAUCUCUGCAAUCAAUCGCUCACUCCCGGGUCCCCAGCCUGGGUCUGGUUCUGUACCUGCUGAAGAACAGCGCUGCAGAUUUCUUCCGGUUCCACCAGAGCCACAGACAGAGCCUGGGAAAGCUGCAGAGCCUGGACCAGCUGCCUCCAGAGGAGCUCAAGGAGCUGUGCCAGGGUCUGGUGUCGGGUCCAGGAGGGGUGGAGAAGAUCUCCUCGGUCCAGAGGAGCCUGCUGGCCAAGAGGCGACUGGUGCAGUUCAUCAACAACCGAGCCAAACUCCUGGCCUUGUGCUCCUACGUUAUCGAGACCUGCUUGUUUGUGUUGUGGCGCCAUCUGGAGUAUUACCUGAUGCAUUGCGCUCCCAGCGACCCGAAAGACUCGCUGGUGACUGGAGCCGGUUUAUUUAGAUCCCGCCUUACUGACGAGUCGUUUGGCGGCCUGCAUGCUAGCGGCGGCCGAGGAAUCGGUCUGUCCCGAGUCAGCCAGCAAGACCUAGACCUGCUGAAGGGUGACAUGGCGGCAGGAUUCGGGGAAGCUCUGCAGCGGAAGCUCCUGGAGGUGGAAGGCCUGUACAGCCAGGUCCGCUCUCGCUACACCUUCAUCCAGGCCCUGGUCCGCAGGAUCCGCGGUUUGCUCCGGCAGCCCAAGAGCUGAGCGCUCCAACACAGAAAAGACUGAUCUAGACGCUCUGAACCCUUUUUGCCAACUUCCUGGAUUUCUGCUGACCAACCGCUCUUCUGUGGUCAUUGUGAUGCGGCACGUUUCUAAUAAUGUCAACAACUGUUUGAAGAACGCAUCUAUAUUUUUACUGAAGAAAUUUGAUAUUCUCCUGGUUUGUCAAAGGUUUUUUUUUCCUUUUCUGAAAAUAAAUCUUUUUCUAAAUGUGUUAAAA